GACAAACUUCUACAUCAAGUUGAUUGCAUAGUCAGCCUGUUUGAGGUUGGCCACUACAAGCCUCCAUCCAACCGACAUCACCAGCUUCGCCAACAUGGGCUUCUUCAACAGGUCCAAGUCGCCGCACCCGGCUGGCCCCUCGACCAGGCGCCGAAAGCGCGUCCACGAUCCGCUGCCAAUGUCGAGACGACCAACAUUCGGCCAGUGGCUCAAGUGCACCUGGCUGGAUAUUGUUACCAUGAUCUGCAUGGGUGCUGUUGGCCUUGGUGUCUACGAAGCGAAGCCUGCUCCCUCAAGAUCAUUCCCUGUUACCUUUUCCGACGGCGAGAUUGUCUUUCCCGAAUUCGGAUACCCUCUUCGCGAUGAGAUCAUCCCCAUUUGGCUGGCCGCCUUCCUUGCCAGCAUCAUCCCCAUCUUCAUCAUUCUUGUGAUGCAGAUUCGCAUUCGAUCUUUCUGGGAUGUCAACAAUGCCGUUAUCGGUCUCCUAUACUCUCUUAUUUGCGCCGCCGUCUUCCAGGUCUUCGUCAAGUGGCUCAUUGGUGGUCUACGACCUCACUUCCUCGACGUGUGCAAGCCGGAUCUCACACGCGCAACCAACCAGGGAUACAAUGAGAAGGGUUUCCUCAAGCUUUACUACACACGCGAGAUCUGCACUGGUGACCCUGAUCAGAUCGAUGACAGUCUUGAGUCGAUGCCCAGCGGUCAUACCACUGCCGCCUUUGCUGGCUUCGUCUAUCUGUACCUAUACCUCAACGCCAAGCUCAAGGUGUUUUCCAACUACCACCCCUCCAUGUGGAAGCUCAUCGCCAUCUACGCUCCUAUUCUCGGCGCCUGCCUCAUCGGUGGAGCUCUCACCAUUGACGAAUUCCACAACUGGUACGACGUUUUUGCCGGCGCCGUUAUUGGCACUGUCAUGGCCUUCUCAGCAUACCGCAUGACUUAUGCCGCUGUGUGGGACUGGAGAUACAACCACAUCCCCCUCAACCGCGGUGCUCCAUUUAUGUACGCUGACGGCCGAGCUGAGUUGAUCGAUGCCGUCUUUACGCACAGAGCUGGCUGGGGAUCUCAUGGUGGAAGUGCUGUUGGACAUGGAUUCAAGGAUGAUAGAGCGGAGGGCAUGCACGGAAAUGGUUAUCAUCACUCGUCACACAUUCCUCGACGACCUGUCGGCAACGAUGCGAGAGCUGAGGAUAUGGUUUAAGAGAUGGAACAAUACUUGUAAUUGUCACGGCCUACAGAAUACCAUUUUGAACGAGUCUUCAUGUACUUUUAAUCACUGGGCGGUGUCAGAAACGUCCAAUUUCAAUGACAUUUUCUCCCAUAUAUGACCCCAGAGAACUAUAGUUUCGAAGCGACAUCUAGAUAUUGUAUCUCAGAAAAGGUUUGUUUUGCUAGU